AUGCAAGAAACGCUUGAAACAAGAGCCAUGAAACUGUACAUCAUCUUCUUCCUGGCAGUGGUGAACAAAGGAACCUCUAACUACCAACUACCCAACAGGACAUCCUGUGAAAUGGCAAACUCUCAGGCAUUUUGCCACAACAAAGACCUCCACCAAAUCCCUUAUGAACUCUAUCCAAAUGUAAACAAAAUAGAUCUGUCGGGAAAUCUGAUUCAAAGCAUUCCUGAAAUGUCACCAUCAUUUUACACUUCCCUUCAGUGCCUGGAUUUAAGCUCUAACCAGAUAAGUUUCAUCACGCCUGGAGUCUUCGCACACAUGAAGAGUUUGCUGGAAAUAAAUUUAGCUAACAAUCACUUAUAUGAGCUUGCUCAAAAUGGCACAGAGGGGAUUGGACUCUUACCCAAGGUGGAAGUACUGGACUUGUCCCACAACAAUCUGUACAAUGGGAUGGCUGAGUAUUUCAUUAAAGAAGCUCCAGCACUGCAGUAUCUUUCCUUGGCAGACAACAGUAUUAUAAUGAUUUCACAAAAGAUGUUUCAGGGAUCUCCCAAUCUUGUGGAGAUAGAUCUUCAGAGCAACAUCAUCAUGGAAAUAGAAGAAGGUGCUUUUGAGACUCUAGUGAGCCUGUCCAAACUCAAUCUCUCAAAGAAUUCAAUUACUUGCAUCUCUGAUUUUAACCUCAGGCAGCUGGAGAUACUUGACCUCAGCAGGAACAGCAUUGAGACCUUCCACACCACAAAAUCAGAUGAUGAAUAUAGCUUAAGGUGUUUGGAUCUGAGUGAAAACAAACUGUUUCAUUUCCCAGUGUUCCCUCAGGUAAAUAAGCUGGUAACUCUGAAUUUAUCAAAGAAUUUAAUCCAGCUCACUGCGGAAUCCCCUCAUAAUAAAAUGGACUAUGUGAAAAAUGAAUGGCUAAAUGCUUCUGUCCAUUUUCUUGACCAGAAGCAAAGUAGAAACAAAAGUUCUCUUUAUUUAUCACAGCUUGUAUAUUUAGACUUAAGUUAUAAUGAAAUCAAAUCCAUUCCAGAUGGGUUCUUUGAUUCAAUGUUGUCCCUUCACACCCUUAAUCUCAGCAAAAACUGUCUUCAGGCAUUUGCAGUAAGUUAUGACAGUGCACUGAUCUCUUUAACUGUCCUUGACUUGAGCUACAACGCUUUGCAGAACCUUCUCCUUGAUGCUGGUACAUUGUCAAAUCUGAAGGAGCUCUAUAUUCAAAACAACUAUCUUCAAACACUGCAGUUUGACAUCUUCUCAAAUCUUCCUAGCCUUAGACUGCUUAACCUACAAAGCAAUAACAUCAGCCUUUGCAGCAUGUACUCAGGAUUGGCUAAGCAAAGACUUGCUGGAGAGCAAAGUGGUUGUGUGUCGUUUGUCAAUUCUCCCACUCUUCAGUACUUGUACCUAGCUGACAACAUGCUGAACCUCCUACCAGCAUACAGCUUCUACAAGACUCCUCUGGUUGUCUUGGACCUCUCCAUGAACCCUGGACUGAAAAUAGAACUUAAAGCAUUAUCAGGUCUGGAAAAGUCUCUGGAAUGUUUGUAUUUAUAUGGUAAUAGCCUGGUAGAUUUAAAUAUUGACUUGCCUUGUUUUAGUCACCUUAAACAUUUGAACCUCUCUGAAAAUCAGCUGAACUGGCUGCCCAAGUGGGGUAGUGACUCCUCACUAGAAGUUCUGGACCUACGGAACAACAGGUUCAGUACAUUGCAGAACAGCAAUAUUUUAGCAUUAGAAAAUUCACUAAAAAACUUGUAUCUCACCGGGAACCCACUCAGCUGCUGUGGAAACAUCUGGCUUUCAUCCAUGAUCCAGAACAAAAAUGUCCAGAUCCCCAACGUGGAGCAUUUAAUGUGCCAGCACACUCAGAAUUUCAGAUACCAGGAUGAAAUGCACAUCAAGAACAUUAGACCAGAAGACUGUGAAAAAGAGGAUCUGAAGAAAAUCAACUUCCUUACUAUAUUAACACUUGUGUUGGUUUUAUCUGUGAUCAUCAUCGGUGUGGGUUCAUUUUUUUGCUUCCGCAGGCAAAACUUUACCCAUCAGUUUAAAGCAUAG